AUGGCACCUCAGGAAACGCCCUUGAAAAUCAGGUUCGUCACGGAAGGGCCACAGAAACAGAGCCUUCGCGAGAAAGAACUUGAUGUAUCGGAACGAAAGGCACAUUCCGCUCGCAUUGCCCACGAACGUGCGAGAGCGAAACGCGAUCGUGAGGCGGCUUCCAAGAAAGCACUCAAUGCUGAUUCAGAGCCAUCGACUUCAACCGCACAACCUGCCCCGAAACGGAAAGGCAUUAAGCACGUGAAACAACGACAUGGCACAAGGAAUGUCUUUUUCGACAAGCCCGUGGUCAAGAAGGUGUCCGUAGAGCAUUCUGUUCGCCCGCCGUCACCCAAGCUCCCGCCGCCCAUCAAGGGCGACUCGGAUCCAUUUGGCGUCCUGGCGAUUCCCGUCACCCCGCAGGUCAAACAGGUCCUGCAGUUUAUGAAGGAUGGCGUCUAUCCUGGGCUUUACUUUAACUCCUUCUUCAAGCGCAUGUAUGGGGAUAUCAAGGUCAAAGAUCUCGAAACCAGCACUUGGCUUCCUGCACAGACUGCAUUGGCCGGAUGGAAAUAUGCCUUGGCCAGUCUCCAAGACGAAGGCAUUGCCCUCGCCUGCGUCGGAGGAUACCUUCACAAUAUGUCCAUGCUCAUGCUUGACUCUUCCAAGUCCAAGGCCACCAACCUUGGCCUCAGCAUGAUGACCAAGAGUUCGGUCCUGUUGAGACGAUCUUUGCACAAGUCGAUGCAGAAGAACUCUUCCAUGGGCACCACCCUCAUCAACCAUGUUUACUGGCUGUUUCGUGCAGCAAUAUUUUCCGGGGAUGAAGAGUCUAUCAUUGCUCACGGCCGAAUGCUCAACCUAUGCCUGAUGAAAGGGUUGGUCGAAGGAACGGCCGAUAUACAAAUGCUCAUACAAUCUGGCGUCGAUGAUGUUGAUAUCUGUUCCAGACUGAUGCGCCGCCCCUUUAUCCAUCCUGACGCAUAUGCAGCGACUUGUGCCGGUCUGUGGGCGCUGGCUGAAGCGAACUUGCCCAAAAUGACGAUCGAGAUCAACAUGGAAUUGCAUAGCAAUGUACAAUGUCCCGAGGUGCAACAGGCCUUUCUCAUCUGUCGUUCUUUGGCCGGCUAUGCAGAGCAGCAGAUCACUGAUGAAGAGUGGGGAUCGCCCACGCAGAAGCAGCUCUCAUUUGCUUGGUUUGUAACCAAAAGUGACUGGGGGAUGAGACAGGCACUGUCUGCCAGUCUGGAUCUGAGGGAUGACAAGUAUUCAAGCCAAGUAUGGUCUGAAGGAGUCCGGCUGACCCAGGCUUCUCUUGGGCUUGCGGUCUUGUACUAUGGGCGACUUUUGGGUCAUGAUGCCGUCAUCAACGGGGUGGACAUUCGUGACAUCUCCGCAACCAUCAUGGCACAUCUGCAGGUGAUCAUGACGCAGGUUCUGGCCAAGUGUAGUGACGAGGAAUUGGAGGCAUACGUCGACGCGCACACAUGGAUCCUCUUUGUUGGGGCUUUCAUUGAGCAGCGCAACAAGAAGAAGAAUUCAGGGCGGAGUCAGGUCAGAUGGUUUCAGCACCGGCUCGCAGAACACGCAGUCAGACACAAGAGGGAAUCUUGGUUGUUGGAGAAAAGUACUUUUGAAUCUUUCCAUUACUUCGACUUCAUCGAACCGAAUGGAGCACAAUGGUACGAAGAGGUGAUUGCUGAACUGGCACCACCAAAAGCACAGGACUAA